ACAUAAUUUUGCAGGUAAAAGAUUAUUCCUUUAUUUUAUCCACUACUUAACAACUUGGUUAUUGUUAGAUAAUAGUAAACAUAAACAGUUUUCUUAAGGUGUUGUAGAAACCAAAAACAUGUUUUCUCCACAAGCAAGAAAUCUACAGUAACAAGCUACUGUUUCAGAUGGAAAUUGAGUUAUAUUUUCUGUGUGCAAUGCACCUAAAGAAGCUGUCAAGAACACGUCAAUCCCCACAGCCGACCUCUUCACAUCCACCACUACUGGAGCUGUCCUGAAAAGCACAAGAACAUGUUUGCACCCUCUCCUGUUGCCAUCUGUAUCCUCUGGCUGUGUGUGUUGUGAUCAGAGUGAGCUUGGUUGCCAUCUGUUGUCGGUGGCAAUUCCAUUGAUGUCAAGAUAUGCUAUAUCUAAGUCCUAGAUUCUUCCUCACCUGCUUGGGUUCUCUGUCCCGAGAGCCAAGAAUUCUAGUUCCUGCAAGGAGUUGCGUUUGGUGGUCAAGUAAGGUAGGAGAUGGUUGCCAUGCAGUGGCAGUCGCCCAGAGUUCCUCGUCUUCGCUCUCGGAGCAGUCAUGGAGGUGGUGUCUCCCCUCACCACUCAUCUCCUCAACAAAUUUCAGAGUGACUCCGUUCCAUCAGUCUUCUCCAAGCAGCAGGAUGAGCCCUGCAGUCCUCUUCAUCAUUGUCGUCCUCGCGGUCCUACUCUUCAUCUCCGGUCUCUUGCACUUUAUCCUCAGAUGCUUCAUCAGGAAGCGCCACCCUCGCCCCUCCUCAUCCCGCUCCGCCCCGGAGCUGUCGGGCUCCGACGCGCUCCAGCGCCAGCUCCAGCAGCUGUUCCAUCUCCACGACUCCGGCGUGGACCAAGCCCUCAUCGACGCCCUGCCCGUCUUCCUGUACAAGGACGUGGUCGGCUCCAAGGAGCCGCUCGAGUGCGCCGUCUGCUUGUGCGAGUUCGACGGGGAGGACGAGCUCCGGCUGCUGCCCGUCUGCGGCCACGCCUUCCACCUCAGCUGCAUCGACACGUGGCUGCUUUCCAACUCCACCUGUCCGCUCUGCCGGGGGUCGCUCUUCCUACAGGGCAUGGCGGUCGAGGACCCGGUGUUCUUCUAUCUCGGGGACUCGACUGACGAGGGAGAAGCUUCCCCUGCAGAGAGAGCGGCGGCGGUGGCGGCGGACGAAGGGGACGAGAUUGCGGCCGACAGGAGGAGAGUGUUCCAUGUGAGGCUUGGCAAGUUCAGGAACCUGGGUAAUGGAAACGUUGGUGGUGACUGUAAUGAGGACAAUAGCAUCGCCAUUGGCAGUGUGAGAAGAGAGGAAGGGGAGACCAGCAGCAGUAGCUUGACUGCAAGGAGGUGCUUCUCCAUGGGCUCUUAUCAGUAUGUGGUUGCUGAUGCCCAAUUGCAAGUGGCUCUCAAGGGCUGUUCUGCUCUGAGGAUUGGAGAUGGAAGAGGAAUCAGAGGAACUGAUGCAAGAGGUAAUUCUCCAGGAAAUGAGGCUGUGGAGGGCGAAAGACUAAGUAUUGGAAGCAGGCACGAAAGCUUCUCAGUGUCAAAAGUCUGGUUAUGGUCUAAUAAGAAGGGGAAGGUCUCCAUGUCUUCAGAUACUUCUGCUUUGGAUACAAACUCGCCAUGGAAGACGAGGAAGAGUUUUCUGUUGAUGGUUGAUGAACAAAAGAUACUAGUGGGAUCAGAUAAUGUUCAACACUUGUGGUUCUUGUGGUGUUCAAUUCUUGGAAGGACCUGUCGGCAGAUCAUUGAUCCAGACUGUCGUCUGUGGAGAAUGAUCUCUGCAAUGUGGAAAGGAUCAAAUACAUCUAUUUGAGCUGGAAAUGAAAUGGUCAGCCACCAACUGCUGAACUGGCUUCCAUCUGCUUAGCAGUCUGGAUUCUUGCUAUCCAAUAUAGAUGGAGAUGCUACCAGUGAAGAAGAAUGCAAGACUCCAUAGAAGUAAUAGGCCAUUGUCUGAUCACCACUAUGCACCAAGGAAUCAGAUAGUAACAAGGACCUGACCAUAAUGAUUUAUUAGGUAUUUGGCAAACUAUUGACAUACAGUUCCUAAAGAGGGGCUACUUGUGCUUAGAACUGUACAAAUAACAAUCCAUCCCACUCUGGUUUUUACUGAUGAUGAGGCUGCCCAAUAAACAGAAGGGCCAUUUGUUAUCCUCUGACCUUUCAUCUUAUGGGGAAAAAGUUCACAACUGUCUCUUUCAUUUGAUGACAGCAGAAGAUGAGAAGAUGGAAGUUUUACUGGUACUGUGGGCAAGGGCACAUGUUUUGAUGAUGCUGCUAUGUAGACAGAGGCUUUAUUCUUCUACAAGGUUGUGCACAUCUCUCUCUUCUACUGCUGUUUAGAUUUGAGUCCAGAAAAAUUAUCAAUGGGGUGUUUCUUCUCCUGUACAAGGAAGAUCUUAUUUGUGUUAGUAACCUCAUGGGUCAAGUUUCAAUCCUAUGACCACUUACUAUAAAGUGCUUCUUUUGCAGGCUAAUCUACAUUGGUGAAAGCCAAAAUCUUCUCAAAGAUACUGUUUGAUCUUUAGGAAAAGCUAAAACUGGUUCUUUAAGAGUGAAACAUUCUUGGAACCCUGAUCACAUGAUACCAUUUUAACAUGGAGGUUUUAACUCAGCAUUUCAAAGUCUUGGACAGACCAAAUUUUUGCUCACCUAGUCAAAGUGUCUUCAUCAGAUGGCAAACACAAUUCAAUUACCAAUUAGACCACACCCAAGACAGCUGAACGAAAUAAAAACACAGGAUCACAAAGAGCAUUCGUACUACAAAUUUACAGAACCAUUUGGAUUUCUCUUACAAAACUAAGGAGGAAAGCUUCUUACAAGUUUCAACAAGUCAUUCCACAGUUUCUUGGUUCUUCCCCCAUUUUAUAGACAUGUGAAAGAGGAAAGAGACCACAUAUGAACUGACAGAAAAUUUUCCAUGGAAGAGAAGGACAAGAAACAAUUGCAGUGGCCAUCUAGUAGUUGCCAUAACCACUGUAACUACUUCGGUUGCGCAUGCCAUACUGCUCGUAGAUUGGAUCCCCAUAAUUCACAGCUUUGAUCUCCACUGACCUCCGCUUGCUAUCCGACUCCUGAACUGCUCCAAACACGAUCUCAUUGGUUGUUUCACAGCUCUGCUCGUAGUAAGUCUGAGGGCCCGACGAGUACUGCCUGUGCUGUCGAAGGUGCUGCCGUUGAUGUACCUGUUGCUGCUGCUGCUGCUGUGCUUCUGUGCCCCACCCGGAAAAAUAAGGUGGUGCAUGUCUGAUGUGGUGGAUCUUUUCUGGCUCCUUUGACAUGAAUGCGUAAGUCUUGUGAGGUGUGGGAGCUCUCGUCUCCAGCGGUGGCGGUAUCUCAUCAUCGGGAAUGACAAAGCUCUCUGGCACAGGCCAAGAAUUCACUCUCUGCUGCUGCUGAUAUUGUACAGCUUUUGGCUUCUUUCUGAAGACUGGGAACACUGCACCAAAGAUUGCUGCUGUUGAUGACCAUGUUCCUGAUAAAAGCUUGCCAAUUGAGCUGAAGAGUCCUUCAUCUGUGUUCUCUGCUUCAUCUCUGGCAGGGAUAAGUGGGGGUCGUAUAGAUGGUUUAACUGGUAUCUGAUGUGGAGGCAUGCUUGCUUUUGUAGGGGUUACAGAUUCCUGUACAAAAUUUUUUCACUUUUGGUAAACAGAAGGUUCUAGAAAUGGUUGGAUCCAAUAAGCAUUUCAUUAGUACCUCAGAAGUUUCUUUUUAUUCAUCUCAUUUCGAUUAAUUUAAUGUAAUUGCUUUAAUUUGCUUUAACAUAUGUGCAUACAUAUGUAUACACAUAUAUACAUAUUGCAGUUAUAUCUUAA